AUGUUCUCGGUCUCCGUACCGCCCGUCUCCGUGGGCUCCAACGUCUUCUUCGUCUUCGCCCUCAUCUUAAUUUCCGUCAUCGUUCUCUUCCUCUUACGCCGCUUUCUGACCCUUCGAGCCACACCCGCCUACCUCUUGGUUCCUAUAUUCUUGGCCCUCGCCCUCCCAGCCAGUGUAGUGCUACUCGUGCCAAUCGAUUUAGCGUCCAGCUCGCGCGAUGACGGCACCGGUCCCAAAGCCAUCUGGUUACCCGAUCGGGUGGUGCUGGUCUGCUGGCGUAUUGCCUAUUGGCUCAUUUUCAUGCUAACUUGGGCCAUCCUUCCCUUACUCGGCGAGUACGUCGACUCCGGAUACCGGGAACCCAAGGCUCGCCUGAUCUACUCUUUCCGCCAAAACGCCCGCUACCAGUUGAUUGUUUUGACCUGUGCCGUGGUGGGGCUAGUCUAUGUCAUAAUAUCCAACGGUUUCCAUUUCAGUUCCAUCAAGGGUCUAGCGAUGGCGCUAGCGUAUGCGUGGGGUUUAGUCUUGGCCAUUUACCUGAUGGGACAUGGUCUCGUGUCCAUUCCCCGCAAUCUAUUCCGCAACGGUAACGUGAGCAGUCGAUUGCGACGGGUUCAAGCCCAGGCACCCAAGGUACACGAUCGCUUAAUGGACGCUGUCAAUGAACUCGAAAGUCUCAAUGCACAAGUCGCCCAGCUCCAACAGCGAAAGACCGGGACUGCCCGCGAUUUUCAAGAAUGGAUCGAGGAUCUCUCCGAGGGUUCUGGCUCUGCUGAUGUCCGAGUCCCAAUCUUGGAGACACCAGAAGCCGCCAGUGCAGUUCCAUCCGUCAUUACAGAGCGUUAUCUGGCUGAUCUGACGAGGCGGUUACAACGCGCCCGGCAUAUGAAGGCCCGAUUCGUGGAUGAAUGGGAUCGCCUUGUUCAACUCGCCGGGGAUCUUCAAGCCAUCAUCAAUUCGAGUGCUUCCAAGAAACUUGAGUUUGCCCAGGCGCCUCGUCGGUCUCGCGUCAAGGUUUUAACACCCUAUCUGCGUUACCAACUGCACUCGAACAUUAUUCCAUCGGUCCGAAUGGCCUUUGGAGCUUUCUUCUCUGUCGCUUCCGUCUGUAUUGUCUGGUCUGAGUUGAUCAAGUCGGUGGCGCCCCAGUUCUCUGCCGUGAGCUUAACUAUAGUUCCUAAUUGGAAAGAUCCCAAGCCCCUCGGAUUCGGCAAGCAGGUCAUAACGUCUGCUUGGCUGUUGUACAUGUGUUCUGCGGCCCUUGUUGGUGUCAAUGACGUCAAGGUCUGGGGCAAUCGAGCUCUUGUGCGCCGUAAUACAUACGGCGAGAGUGCAUGCUGGUACGCCAGUCUAGUUGCCCGCCUGACAGUACCAAUCGCGUACAACUUUUUGACCUUCCUGCCGAAAGAUUUCCGUGGAACCACCACCUUUGAUCAAUUCCUGGGUCGUCUCAUCAACCUGACAUACAUUGGUACGGGUUUCGAUUUCAUCUUCCCAAUUUUCAUCCUGUUCCCCAUCUGCGCCACUCUAUUCAACCUGUAUGGCCGAAUCAAGAACGUCUUCGGCUUCGGUAUGGCAGACGAAGAUGAACUAUAUGAUGUCGAAAGCAACCCCUCUGGAUACGGAAUGGGUGGCUGGCGUGAAGGUCGAGAUCUGAUUGAGCGCGAACUAAACGGAUUCGGCUCCUUAGCCGUCUCCUCGCGUGGUACCCGCUCCACAUGGGCCGCUGACCGUGAUGAGACCGACUCCCGUGGUUCUUCACGUCUCCGAGUCUCUAGUGGCGAGGGCUCUCGAUCUCCUGGAUCUUCCCAGCGACCCGUCGCCGCACCCACAAUUGUCGACGGCGAAGAAGACGAAGAGGAGAAUUUCUUCCAGUCCUUCGCUCAUCGUGUUCGCAACACGUUCGAAACAACCAACAAGCCCCAAUGGCUCCAAGGAGAUCAAUUUCGUUUCCCUCGUUGGAUGUCCGGUGACAAUAACACCACGGAAGAUGAUGGCGUCACCCGUCUAUUCGGUGGACGUGCAACACCUGGCCGUCUUCGUCUAGGAUAG